AUGCAGAUGAAUGUUCAAGACUAUCUGGAUAUAAUCACGUUCCUAGAUCGAAAUGAUCCCAUCAUUUCGGUUGAUGACGAAGUAAAUCGUAGUCCUCCCUCGACAUUCGGCCGAAACUACCCUAGAUCUAGACCCCGAAAACUCGCUGACAAACCUCUGGUUGUCAUUUACGCCCGAAGGAUUGGUCGAUUUCGCCUUUUCAAGGGGACAUUGCUCCAUUCAUUGGCCAACAUACGUCUCAAGAUCCACAACAAAGGGUAUCUUGCGAUAUCUCAGGAUGCAAUAGGCAAGAUUCCCCUGCCAUCAGCCAUCAUGUCUGCUUCUGAGACUUCAUAUGUGACCGUCGAUGUCUUUACCAACAAGAGAUACACCGGCAACCAGCUCGCCGUCGUCGACAUCAACAAUGUAGACCUCUCGGCCACGCAGAUGCAAAAAGUCGCUCGCGAAUUCAACUUUUCCGAGACAAUCUUUUUGCGCCAGCCCGAGUCCGGGACACCCCAGAUCCGCAUCUUUACUCCCGUCAACGAGAUGGAGUUUGCGGGGCACCCCGUUAUUGGCGGUGGACACGUCUUGUUCCGCCAGCUACUGUCGGGUCCGAAUGCGAAGCCACUGGAGAAGGAGUCGAUUGACGUGCAGACGAAUGCUGGUAUCGUGACUCUCAAAUAUGAUGUCAAGGCCGAGACUGUGGCUGCUCAGAUCCCGCACAACGUGCACAUUCACGAGGCAAAGGCUCCAAAGAAGGCGGUCCUUGAUACGCAGGGUAGCUUGGCUGCUGCAGCCGACACUUUGAAGGAUUCUUACCCGAUUUCGUCGAUUGUCAAGGGCGUCACUUACGUCUUGGUCGACUUUACAGACAACGCCGACAGCUUUGCCGGCGUGCUCCCCGGGCCAUGCCCCGUCGUUCCUCUGGACAGCGAGUGGUCUGACUCGUUUGUGGGAACCAUGUACUACCGCGUCCUGGGAACACGCGACGAAGAAGGCCGCAGAGUAUACGACCUCCGUGUACGCAUGAUUGCCAUCAACCUCGAGGAUCCGGCAUGCGGAAGCGGUUCCUGCUCGCUGACCACGUAUCUUGCUCUUCAAGAAGGAGGCGCGAACAAGGCGUUUAGAUUCUACCUCGACCAGGGGUCUGAGAUUGGCCGGGACAGCAAGAUUAUUGUGGAUAUUGUGCUGAAUGAGAACGGCGAUGUCAUAAUUUACCAUCAAGACACCCAAAGCAAACGCGCCAGAUGGUUUGCGGUCACAGAUUGGAUUGUCAUGGUGGGGAUGGGUGCUUUGUUCGACACAGCGGAUCACAACACCUACAGUUGCUCCUACAAAGCUGUCCCCCAAAGAACGCUGGAUAAACACGGUCUAUAG